AAGGCCGGGCUUGAGCGUUUCACGCUUUCCCUCCAAAUCUCUUGGCUUCCUCCUCAAGGCUCCGGCCAGCCCCCUUCGGAAGAUGGCCGGGCUAAACAGCAAGACUACCACAGCGGAGGCGCCGGGACGCAGCGGCCGAGGGGUCGUGAUUUCAGAUGAUUGGCCAGGAUAUAGUUUGGAUCUGUUUUCAUAUCCACAACAUUACUAUGGGGAUCUUGACUAUGUGCUUAUACCACAUGGCAUCAUUGUUGACAGGAUAGAACGUUUGGCCAAAGAUAUCAUGCAAGACAUUGGAUACAAUGACAUUGUCGUUCUCUGCGUACUGAAGGGUGGCUACAAAUUCUGUGCUGACCUUGUGGAGCACAUCAAGAACCUCAGUAGGAAUUCAGAAAGGUUCAUCUCCAUGAAAGUUGACUUUGUCCGGCUGAAAAGUUAUCGAAAUGACCAGUCUAUGCAAGAUACACAGAUCAUUGGAGGAGAUGACUUUUCAAAGCUGGCUGGAAAGAACGUGUUAAUUGUGGAGGAUAUGAUCGGAACUGGACGGACAAUGAGAGCUCUCCUCGACAGUAUCGAAAAAUGCCAGCCCAGAAUGGUUAAGGUGGCCAGCCUGUUGCUGAAAAGAACAUCUCAGCCUGAUGGGUACAAACCUGACUAUUAUGGAUUUGAAAUUCCAAAUUUGUUUGUGGUGGGCUAUGCCUUAGACUACAACGAGUACUUCAGAGAUCUAAACCACAUAUGUGUUAUCAAUAACCACGGCAAAGCCAAAUACAGAGUCUAAAGAAGCAGUCGGUUAGCCUGAACUGGAAGACUGACGUUCCUCUUGAAGCAUCUCCUGAAGAACAAUUCAACUGACCUCCAUCUAUCUCCAUCAUUCUGGACUAAUAAGCGGUACCCUCCCGAGAAGGAGCUCCUCAGACUUUGUCAUAGUUGGCCUCCUUCAUCUCCUCGAACUUUUUCUAGGGGUGACCAGGACAAGAUGAAGACAGGAAGUCCUAAUAUUUCUUAUGAUAAUAUGUAUGUUCAAAAUGCAGAAGUGGUGGGUGAGCUGAAGCUAGUGUUCAUUCCUUGAUCCAUAUAUUACCAGCGCCUUUGUGACCCAAUCGUGAGCACAGCUGCACUGCUCACAAAACCAUUUCGCAACGAUUCGCGGCGUGGUGGGGCUGCCUUAGCUCUGGAUGCAUAGUGGUGCACCGUGUUGCCUCUGGCUCUCUCCAAUGACAGCCCUGCGCCUUCAUGGGAGCCCUUCUUUUCAAUUGAGUUUUUACCUGCCCGUCCUCCAAGGAGCUCAGCGUACAUGCUUCUCCCCACCACCAUUUAUCCACACAACGACUCCACAAGGUAGGUUAGGCUGAUAAAGAAUGACCGGUCCGAGGCACCCCCAUGAGUUUCAUGGCUCAGUGGGAACUUGAACCCUGAUCUCCCUGGUCCUAGUCCACCACUCUAACCACUACACCACUUUGGUUGUUGUGGGGGUGGGGGCUUCCAGCGGUGUGCAGAACUGCAGGAUGUGCUCUCAGCGAGUCAGUCAAGGAGAGCAGGAGGCUGUCCAUCUGUCUCUAAAAGGGGAGCUUGGAUUUCUUCCUCAUCCUUUCAGGGUUUUCUUUUCUCACUGAGGAUUUGUUUCGCCGCUUAACUGGAUUCUUGAAAAAGAUUGUUCCAUCCAAGUAACGUCAAGUAGCCGUCAAUUUUGCCGACGAGGUACUGGUUCCCCACAUGUGCGACAUGAGCGGUGGAUUCUUCAUGACUUUGAUUACUCAACCUAACGCUGCCAGAGGAGCAAGGGGCUCAGCUGUAAAUAGUUCUCCCCCGACCCCAUUUGUGCGCACAACAACCCUAUGAGGUAGGGCAAGAUGACCAAUAGUAACAAGGCCAAGGUCCCUCAUCCACUGAGCGUUGUCGAUGGGAAAGGAACUGAACCCAAGAUUUUCUCGUCCAGCACUCUAUCCGCUGCACCAAACCCACCUGGUGAGCUCCAUGGCUCACCUGGGUUUUAAUGUUGGAUGUUCCCAGUUCCAUGCCUACACUCUAACCCAGGAAUAUUGAACUUUUUUUCAGCUCAAGGGCCAAAUUCAGUUUCA